AUGGCGUUCAUGGAGAAGCCGCCGGCCGGCAAGGUGCUGCUGGACGACACAGCGCCGCUGAGCGCGGGGAUCGAGGCGAGCCAGAGCCUGCACUCGCAUACGGAGUAUAUCAUUCGUGUGCAAAGAGGAAUUUCCAUAGAAAACAGCUGGCAGAUUGUGAGAAGAUACAGCGACUUUGACUUACUCAACAGCAGUUUGCAGAUUUCAGGUCUAAGCCUACCUCUUCCUCCCAAAAAAUUGAUUGGCAACAUGGAUCGUGAGUUCAUAGCUGAACGACAGAAAGGCCUCCAGAACUAUCUCAACGUGAUCACCACAAAUCAUAUCCUGUCCAACUGUGAGCUGGUGAAGAAAUUUUUAGACCCCAGCAACUAUUCUGCAAAUUAUACCGAAAUUGCCUUGCAGCAGGUUUCGAUGUUCUUUCGAUCCGAGCCAAAGUGGGAGGUCGUGGAACCAUUGAGAGAUAUAGGUUGGAGGAUACGGAAGAGGUAUUUCUUAAUGAAGACUAAGAACCAGCCUAAAGAGCGCCUCGUGCUAAGCUGGGCUGACCUUGGCCCUGACAAGUACCUGUCAGAUAAGGAUUUUCAGUGGAUCAUCAGACUCCUUCCUUCCUGUUUGCACCCGUACAUCUACCGAGUCACCUUUGCCACGGCCAGCGAAUCCUCCGCCUUGGUCAUUAGGACCUUUAAUGAAAAAGGAACGCUAAAGGACCUCAUCUACAAGGCGAAGCCAAAAGACCCGUUCCUGAAGAAAUACUGCAACCCUAAGAAGAUUCAGGGUCUUGAACUCCAGCAGAUAAAAACAUUUGGACGACAGAUAUUAGAGGCAUUAAAGUUCCUCCAUGAAAAGGGAUUUCCUUAUGGCCAUCUUCAUUCUUCCAAUGUGAUGCUGGAGGGAGAAAUGUGCCAGUUGCUGGAUCUUGAGAAUUCCUUGUUGGGGCUGCCUUCCUUCUAUCGAUCCUAUUUCUCACAAUUUAGGAAAAUUAAUACGUUGGAGAGUGUGGACGUCCACUGCUUCGGACACUUACUUUAUGAAAUGACCUACGGUCGGCCACCAGACUCAGUGCCAGUGGAUGCGUUCCCUCCUGCCCCAUCCGAGGCUGUGGUGGCUGUGCUAGAAGCCCUGCUGUCUCAGGAAGCCUGUAAGAAUGGCAUGCCUACCGUCUCCCGCCUCUUACAGAUGCCGCUAUUCAGUGAUGUUUUCUUAACCAGUUCAGAGAAGCCGCAGUUUAAGAUCCCCACGAAGUUAAAAGAGGCAUUGAAAAUUGCCAAAGAAAGCACAGAGAAGAGGCUAAUUGAAGAGCAAAAACUGAUUCACCAGCAUCGCAGAUUGACAAGGGCCAAGUCCCACCACGGCUCCGAGGAAGAGAGGAGGAAACGAAAGAUCUUAGCCCGGAAGAAAUCAAAGCACUCUGCAUUUGAAAGCAGUGAAGAUCAGACGGCCAAAUCCAGCAACUCCAAUAAUUCAGCAGGAUCUGGGGCAAGUUCUCCACUGACAUCCCCAUCGUCUCCAACCCCGCCCUCGACAGCAGGUCGUUAGGCUCAGCUGUAUUACCAUUUGAGAGAACGAGCUUGAUGAGAUGGCCAGAAAGCGGGCUUGGAAUCAGCAAGACCUGGGUUCAGAUCCCAGCUCUGCAAGUCACUUCACUUCUGGCUGUAGGAAACUCCCUAGGACAUCGGACCAAGGCACAGACCCUGGAGGCAACAAGAAAGAGCCAAGCUUUUGCAAGUGCAUAUUUUACAUAUAUGUGCAGUUAAAGAUAACCUUAUGCUUGUGAAAUAUUUCUGGCAAAUAACACAAAGACUGUUGUGAUUUAAUAGUACCAGCUAAAAGCAGCCUUAUGCUUGCUCACUGGUGGGUUUCCAGUGUGGGAAAAACAGCAUUAACCUUCUGGGAAUGCACCUCCCUGCCGCCUCUGGUCUUGGAAGCCAUUGUGGGCUCAAUAUAAGUAAUAUACUCAGGAGCUCUCAGAGAUGACCAGCCUGGUGGGUGGUGGCCCAGGCCAGCCUCCUGCCCCGGGGUCCUUCUCCCUCCCCAGCUUGGUGUGCAGAACACCAAGGCCUGACCCAGGAGGGAGCCUGGAGUCAGAGGGAAUGGCCCCUGGGAGUAGCAGACCCCCCAGCCCAGGAGCUGGUGACAUUCAAGGAUGUGGCUGUGCACUUCACCCAAGAGGAGUGGGGCCUCUUGGACCAUCCUCAGAAGAAGUUGUACAAGGAGUUCAUGCUGGAAAAUGCCCAAAACCUGGUCUCCCUGGGGCUGCCAGUUCUCAGAGAAGAUUUGAUUUCUUAUUGUGAGGAAAGCGAAGCACCAUGGCUGCUGGGACAUGAAGGCCUGAGGAGCUGCUGUCCAGAAAGAGAGAUUAGACCUGAAAUGAAAGAGACUACUGCAAAGCUAAGCAUUUCUGUGAAAGAAACUUGCAAGGAAAACUUCAUGAGUUCCUGGGACUUCACUGGGAGACAAACAUGUUCUGUUCUUCAUAGAAUCCACACAGGAUAGAAAUGUUACGAUUGUCAUUAUAGUAGGAAAGAGCCUAGUCAACAGGCAUCCCUUAUUUACCAUCAAAAAAUUAAUACUAGAGAGAAACCACACGAGUGUCAAGAAUGUGGUGAAGCUUUUAGUGAACGUUCAUCCUUCAUUAUACAUCAGAGAAUUCACACCAGCAGGAAACCUUAUGAAUGUAAUCGAUGUGGAAAGACUUUUAGAAGAAGCUUUCACCUUGCUAAACAUCAGGGAAUCCACACUGGAGAGAAACCUUGUGAAUGUGAUCAAUGUAGAAAGGCUUAUAGAAGUAAACAAAACAAUGUACUGGACAUCAGGAGCCUGAUGGCCUCGAUGCUGGAUGUGGGGGAGGAGCUUUGAGAGCUUGAGUAACAGUCAUGGUUUUUCAUGGCCUUUUACUUAAUACUUACAAUAAACAUCCCCCCUACUA